ACGUCAGAGCUUUAUAUUUAUUAUUAUAAUCUGGCAACAAAGCUUGCCACGCCGCCUGGGACCUGUCAAUUUGCUUGCGUCGGUGUCUGCAGAAAAGACCUUGUGUUAGGUUGCCGGCGAAAAAUUAGUUUCAAUGUUAAUUGUACCAUUUAUGUAAAAUAAAAUAUAAAGAACUCCACGACCAAAACACUUCAAAGAUGACUGCGGAAAUGCAAUCUAAGGCUAAAUUGCCUCACCUUUCGUCUGAUAAGCAACUCACUUUUAUAAAACUGGCUGUUUUGUCAAUGGCAGCGAUUUUAUCAUUUGCCACACGUCUGUUCUCUGUUCUACGGUUUGAGAGUGUUAUCCACGAGUUUGAUCCUUACUUCAACUACAGAACUACCCGGUAUCUCACCGAGGAAGGUUUUUACAAGUUUCACAACUGGUUUGAUGAUAGGGCAUGGUAUCCCUUAGGACGGAUUAUUGGUGGCACCAUCUACCCUGGUUUGAUGGUCACCUCCACCACGCUGUACAACAUUAUGCAGUAUAUGAACAUCACCAUUGAUAUUCGCAAUGUGUGUGUGUUCCUUGCACCAUUUUUCUCUUCCCUCACAACCAUUGUCACAUACCUGUUGACUAAAGAACUGAAGGAUGAAGGAGCGGGUUUGGUGGCUGCAGCCAUGAUUGCCAUUGUGCCGGGCUACAUCAGCCGCUCUGUGGCUGGGAGUUACGACAAUGAAGGCAUAGCUAUAUUCUGCAUGUUACUUACAUACUACUUCUGGAUCAAAGCUGUCAACACUGGAACUUUGCUGUGGUCUACAAUGACAGCAUUAGCAUACUUUUACAUGGUAUCGUCUUGGGGCGGCUACGUGUUCCUGAUCAACCUGAUCCCGCUGCACGUGCUGGCGCUGAUGGCGCUGGGCCGGUUCUCGGCGCGCGUGUACGUGGCCUACAGCGCGCUCUACUGCGUCGGCACCAUCCUCUCCAUGCAGAUCUCCUUUGUCGGCUUCCAGCCUGUGCAGAGCUCGGAGCACAUGCUGGCGCUGGGCACGUUCGGCCUGUGCCAGCUGUACGCGUUCGCGCAGUACCUGCGCGCGCGCCUGUCGCCGGCCAACUUCGAGCUGCUCUUCAAGGCGCUGCUCACCACGCUGCUGGCCACGCUGGGCACCGCCGUCGUCGCGCUCACCAUCACCGGUAAAAUCUCGCCCUGGACUGGCAGAUUCUACUCGUUACUGGACCCUUCUUAUGCCAAGAAUCAUAUUCCAAUUAUCGCGUCGGUGUCGGAGCACCAGCCGACGUCGUGGUCGUCGUUCUACUUCGACCUGCAGGUGCUGGUGUUCCUGUUCCCCGCCGGCCUCUACUUCUGCUUCGCCAAGCUCACCGACGCCAACAUCUUCAUCAUCCUCUAUGGAGUCCUCAGUAUCUAUUUUGCUGGCGUGAUGGUCCGCCUGAUGCUGGUGCUGGCGCCGGUGAUGUGCAUCGUGUCGGGCGUGGCGGCCUCCAGCCUGCUCAGCCUUCACGUCAAGGACAUAGAGCCCAAAGUUGAAAAGCACGACAAGAAAAAGAAGCACGAUAAUAAUCUGGUGUUCCGUUCCGAGGUGGGCGCGCUGUUCGUGUGCGUGCUAGGCUGCCUGCUGGUGUCGUACGUGUUCCACUGCACGUGGGUGACGUCGGAGGCGUACUCGUCGCCGUCCAUCGUGCUGUCGGCGCGCGCGCACGACGGCGCCCGCAUCAUCUUCGACGACUUCCGCGAAGCCUACACCUGGCUCAAGAUGAACACGCCUGAGGACGCUAAAGUGAUGUCGUGGUGGGACUACGGCUACCAGAUAACAGCGAUGGCGAACCGGACGGUGAUAGUGGACAACAACACGUGGAACAACACGCACAUCUCGCGCGUGGGGCAGGCCAUGGCGUCGGCCGAGGAGCGCGCCUACGAGAUCAUGCGCGAGCUCGACGUCGACUACGUGCUCGUCAUAUUCGGCGGCCUCGUCGGCUACUCUUCUGAUGACAUCAACAAGUUCCUGUGGAUGGUGCGCAUCGGCGGCAGCACGGACCGCGGCGCGCACAUCCGCGAGGCCGACUACUACACGAGCGCGGGCGAGUUCCGCGUCGACGCCGACGGCUCCCACACGCUGCUCAACUGCCUCAUGUACAAGAUGAGCUACUACAAGUUCGGCCUCGUCUACACUGAGGGCGGGCGGCCGCCCGGGUUCGACCGCGUGCGCGGCGCCGAGAUCGGCAACAAGGACUUCAACCUCGACGUGUUGGAGGAGGCCUACACCACCGAGCACUGGCUCGUGCGCAUCUACAAGGUCAAGCCGCUGCCCAAUCGCGGCGUCUAAACUCCCACCAUUUCUUCUGAGGCUCAUUGUACAAACAAAUGUCAUUUAUUUGCACAUGGAAUAGAGCUGAAUUUCUUUUGUCCUAAAAUUUAACAAACCAAAACAAAUGCAACUUUGUUCCUUAUGUGAAAUCGUGUUAAAUUAUUGUUAUAAAUUUUGUACAUUUUUUGCACAUGGGCUUAAGGUUAUUUUUUUUUGCACACUGUAAAUUCGCUUGUACUUAGGCCGUAGAGAAACCAACUGCUAAUCGCGUUUAAACAUGC